AUGGAGAAAGCCCGUUCUCAACCUGUCUCGUUGCGCACCAGUGCCAAUCUCGGAAUAUUCCUUCCAACGGUCCCAGUGUCUGACCUGAGUGCAACCGACACCCCCGCCGACAUCCCCGUCGAGUGGCUUCCUUCAGCUCAGGUUUCCGCCGUUACAACGCGCUUGGUCGGAUUGGACCUCGCUCUGAAUGACCUGGAGGCCAAUGCUACUUCCCUUGAGCAGAGUGCCACUGUUAUCAGUGCAGAAGCGCGGUCAAGAGGAGCGCCUGAGUUAGCUGAGCAAAUUUCUGUCUAUACAGAAGCCAUCUGUUUCGCAGCUCGGCAUCACUCUCAGGAACCAGAAUCGCGGUUUUGCGUCGCAAUCUUGCUUGCUGGGUGCGCGAUGCUGGCAAAAGAGUUGGUUGCUAGAUUUGAACAACACCUCCCCAACUCGGACGGACAAGAUCCACGGUGCCAGCACUCAUGCACCCGUCAUGGCGGACAGACCCAAACCUCGUCUGGCAGGUGGUUGCGGCCUUGGGGGAAGGACGUACUCCUCAGUGGCUGGAGUAUCUAUAGACACUGGCUGACGAAUGAUGGGGCUCCAGCGUACCUGGAACAGCGCAUUGGCGAUAGCGCCUCUUUUGUCGAAUAUCCUGGAACAGAUGGUCGGCCAAGCAUGCGCCACGAUCGUUCUGAAAUGUUUAUGCGCUACCAGGACCAGGUCAAGACCGGCGGAUAUACCUUCCACAGCACCCAGUUGCUAUUCGGCGACUACAAACACUGCAUCGACAACAUUGGCUUUCUCCAGUGCAGAAGCAAUGGUGCGGACCUUUUCUGCUCUCCGGUCAAGUGGGAUCCAUUGCACUACUACCAGCUUAACGUCCACGAUGGGCUCAUUGGCGCUAUCUGUUCUGACUACGGCAUCACGCUGAGUGACCAACUUUUGGCUAGCCUGAUUCUCCUCCGCAUUUUGGAUGAUUAUCUGGAUGUGCAGCAUGACACGCCCAAUGGUGAGAGAUACAACUUCUUCCGUUUAACGGGCCGCUCCUCUACUGAAGCAUUGGCUACCGUGGAGAGUUCUAUUCGGUCAUUUGUGUUGUGGGCGGCCCAGUCUAGUGGCCCUGCUGCAAGGCUCACGCUCUGUACUGCACUGUGGUACAUAUGCAAUGGCAGGCACGAGUUCGCGGGAUACUGCAGCUGUCCUCAGCCAAGACCGCCCUCUGUCGUUGCUCCGAUGACACCAACCCAGCUUCUCGAACUGUUAAGGAAGGGUGACUCGACACCCUUCCCUCGCCGGGGUCCUCUUAUGGAUAAACUGGCCGCCCCUACGCUAGUUGGCGUAAAAGCGAAUUCUUUGCAAGAUUUGUGGGACAAGUCGUGGGAUGAUGAUAGCUUGCUCCGAGAAACAGCAGUCAGAGGCUGGGUGAGGAGCAACUGCUGGGUUCGUUGUCCUCCUCAAGCUUGCAGUACCUACAACGACCGGGCGGCGUACUAA